CUGAACAGACAGUACACAUGUUCAUAUGACGGCGAAGAAGAAAGGACACACGACAGCCAGAGCCUCCUGCACCUCCUGUAACCGGACUGAGAAAUGGCGGCGUCAGUGUGCCGAGUCGGAAGCACCGUGGGUCGAGCCCUUGCCAAGAACCGCAGUCCCAUCCUGCUGUCUCUGAGGCGGGGACAGGCCUCAGUCAGCUAUGCCCAGAGCCUGGUGGGAGCCCCUGAAACUCGCCUCACUACACUGGACAAUGGUUUGAGGGUUGCAUCUGAGGAGACCGGACAUGCCACAUGCACUGUUGGACUGUGGAUCGGUGUCGGCAGUCGCUAUGAGAGUGAGAAGAAUAACGGAGCAGGCUUCUUCCUGGAGCACAUGGCUUUCAAGGGUACCAAGAAACACCCUCAGACAGCCCUGGAGCAGCAGGUGGAGUCCAUGGGUGCUCACCUGAGUGCCUACACCUCCAGGGAGCACACUGCAUACUACAUGAAGACCCUGGCUAAAGAUCUGCCUAAAGCCGUGGAGCUGCUGUCAGAGGUAGUGCAGAGCUGCUCACUGAACGAGGCGGAGAUCGAGCAGCAGAGGGGUGUGGUGCUGCGUGAGCUGGAGGAGGUUGAGAGUAACCUCCAGGAUGUCUGCCUAGACAUGCUGCAUGCCACAGCCUUCCAGGGCACUCCUCUCUCACAGAGUGUGCUGGGACCAUCCAACAAUGCCAGGACCCUGACCCGCCAGGACCUAGUGGAUUACAUCAACAGCCACUACAAAGCCACUCGCAUGGUGCUGACUGCUGCUGGAGGUGUGAACCACGAGGAGCUGGUCGGUUUGGCCAAAUCUCACUUUAGUGGCCUGUCCUUUGAGUAUGAGGGAGAUGCCAUCCCUCUGCUGUCACCCUGCAGAUUUACAGGCAGUGAGAUCCGUAUGCGUGAUGAUGCUUUGCCUCUAGCACACGUUGCCAUUGCUGUGGAGGGGGCCAGUGCUGCUAGCCCAGACAUCGUGCCACUUAUGGUGGCCAACUCCAUCAUCGGCAGCUUUGACCUCACCUACGGUGGUGGAAAGAAUCUGAGCAGCCGUCUGGCUCGCCUGGCAGUGGAGGAGAAACUGUGUCACAGCUUCCAGGCCUUCCACUCCUCCUACAGCGACACCGGCCUGCUGGGCAUUCACUUUGUGGCUGAUAAGCACUACAUCGAAGACAUGAUGCACUGGUCCCAGAAUGCCUGGAUGAACCUGUGUACCACGGUGACAGAGAGUGAUGUUGCCAGAGGCAAGAAUGCUCUGAAGGCCAGCCUGGUUGGACAGCUCAAUGGAACAACACCAAUUUGUGACGACAUCGGCAGACACAUCCUGAACUAUGGACGCCGUAUUCCUCUGGCAGAGUGGGAUGCUCGGAUCGACGCUGUGACCCCUAGGAUGGUGCGUGACGUCUGCUCUAAAUAUCUCUACGACAAGUGUCCUGCUGUGGCAGCUGUCGGCCCGGUCGAGCAGCUACCCGACUACAACAGAAUGCGCAGUGCCAUGUACUGGCUGAGGUUUUAAGAGAAGUUGUUUUGUUGCUCCGAGUGUCCCAUGUUUGCUCCUCAUCUUCUCACCGCGUCAUCACCGAAUACCUGAGGAUUGUCCACAUGUUGUCUUGACAGCACAGGCAGCCAUCCAUCCAUCCUCUCUUUUCUCCCCACCUCCCUUUCAAACCCUGCCCACUGAUCACUCUUAGUUAGCCAUCAGAGACUUUGUAUCAGAAUUAAACCUCUGUUACCUCUCGUUGGUACUACCCAGGUCCUCACCACCUGGUACGGACUUGGAGAGGGGAGGGGAGAGAGGGUGGACUUGAAUAGAAAAUAAUCAUCUACUUGAAACAGUACAACCAGUACUAAAUACAACCAGUACUCAAUACAACCAGUUCGGAGCAAGAGUAUAUUUAUAAUUUCUGUAAGAUUUGUUUCUGUCCUCUAUUGUACAUAACAGAAGCUCUCAUUCCGACAAUAAAAAUACUGUAAAACAUUG